AGGUUAUUUGGGCAAAUAAAUAUAAGCAAGGCCUGUCGGGCUCAUCCUGUGAACAUCUAUGUGAAUGCUACUGAAAUCUUUAUGAUCGAGAUUUGACCACAAAAACUCAAACUAUGGAUCCGUUGGACUUUAAAACCAUCGACGAAUUAACCCGAUUUUUCCGCUGCAAUAAGACUGUCAUGUCGAGCAUGGAACUUCCGAACACGUUCCUUCGUCAACUUAGAGACCACAACCUCAUUCCCGAGGAUAAAUAUAAGAAACUGAUUAAGAUGAAGGGCAAGCAGAAAAAGAAUGGGGUCUACGAGGUACUGGAAUGGCUGGAGACGACGCGGCCCGAAAACAUCUCGCACUUCUGGAAGUGUGUUUUCAAAGACCACAUCCUCCAGCAGUACCCGACUCUGCGCCUCCUGCGAGACAAACUGCUGGGCGAGUCCUCGACUUCUUCUGGAAAGCGCCCAGAGAAGAAGGGAACAAUGGAGGCAGGUGGAGGAAAGGGGGUCAAAAGAAAGAUAACAGGGGAUGGAAAUAAGGCAGAGAACCUGGAGGACGCAGAGAGCUCUGAAGAGGAGCAGUCUGGUCUCUUGUCAAAGGCUGCGCCCAUGAGGAAGGAGAAAUUGGGGACAUCCAGAUGCUCGUCCUCCUUCAAAAAAAGCAAGACAGAGGAAAUCCGGAUCUGCCCAAAACAGCAAAACAUUAUCUCUGUGGUCUGCGGAGACAAGAAGGGGUCUCUUUACAGAGACAAGCUGGCUAAAGGAGAGAAAUGUAUCAAGGCAGACGAACGCUGGUUUUACCCCUUCGAGUUUGAGGAAUAUGCAGGGAAAAAGUCCAGCCGGAACUGGAAGACCAGCAUCCGCUAUCAGGAUACCACCCUGCUAAAGCUGAUCAAGGAUGGUGAUUUGACAUGUGGAAAAUUUAAGCCACGCCGUUCUCAGAGUAUUGAGGAUGGUCAUUUGACAUGUGGAAAAUUUAAGCGUCGCCGUUCUCAGAGUAUUGAGAGACCAGAAUUAAAAAAUCAAGCCGAAGUCUCCACCUCAGGGUCCAAGUCAAAGAGACAGAGGAAGGAGGCCGGAGAAUCACCAGCAGGGGGUGCAGAAGCCCAUGACAGGGGGGAUGGUGAGAAGUACGUGUCCCAUUUUGCAGGAAACCGUCUUCCGGUAACUUGUGGAUCAGCCAGAGGGAUUCUACAUAAAGAUCGCUUUGUGUCAGGGUCGCAGGGGAAGUGCAUUCGGAUGGAAGACAAGUGGGUGACACCAGUGGAUUUUUCGAAGGAGAACCCAACAUCCGGUGACAGCGAUUGGAUGAGCAGGAUCCUAUGUUCCGGAAAGCCCCUCAGCGACCUCCUCGAGAAAAAGGUCCUGGACUGUCACCCACCCCAGUGUCAAUGCAGACUAUGCACCAAUCAGGAUCAGGCUUUGAGGGAGCAAGACAAUGACGAUGACUGCUUCAUAUGCGAUGUGCCAGGCUGCCUGCUGUGCUGUGAUCAGUGCCCGCGAGCCUUCCACUUUGAGUGCCACGUCCCUGCUAUGACUGGUGGAGCUGCGGAUUACAGGGUCAAGUGGAUUUGCACUUACUGCGUGCUGAAGAAUACUCAGGGUUGGCGACACCCCUGUGAAAUGACACUCCAGGCUGCGCUGGAGAGCCCUAUUUCAGCUCGCCUGCUGGACUGCCAGUACCUCCUGUUGUGUCUGUACAAGGAGGACAAGGAAAAGGUCUUGAAAGGUGACCCCCAGCACUUGGCAAGUAACUAUACCAAAGUCAUCAAGGAGCCAAUGUGGUUCGACAAGAUUGCAGAGAAGCUGCAGAACAAGUCCUACUCCACUGUGGGGCAGUUCUUCUCGGAUGUCCAGCUGAUGUUUCGAAACUGUGCAUCUUUGAGUCAGGGGAAGUAUGUGAAGCUGGCAACCAAACUCACCAGUUUGUUUGAUGAGGAAUUUAGGAAAGUCUUCUUCAUACACCGUUAACCUCAGAUAAUUGUGGUGUCUAAGUAUAUCUGUAUUGUAUUAAGUAUUUGGAAAAUAUGACCGAGUAUUACAGGCCAGACUACUUUGGAAGCAGGGUUGGAAAGUAACAGUAAAAAGUAUUUUUUUACUCUUAAGUAGUAUUUCAGUGGAUGACUUUUACUUGAGUAACAUUUUGGUUGUGGUAUCUUUACCUUGAGUAUGAAAAAUGAGUACUUUUUCCACCAUCGGCUGGAAGUAUUUAUAGAAGGGUGGUUGUCACAUCUGUUGCAGAUUUAAAAUUGGAAUCUGCAAAUGAUAUGCCAAGUGAGAAAAAGACAACAAUGCAGGUGGCUUCAAGUUUAGUAUCUAGUUACUUGCUCAUUCAAAGUUGUUUUAAAUGCAUUUUACUUUAAUCGUUAUGCUUAGGGUCUGUAAAAGACUCAUUUUUUAUCUGUCAGCUAACCUGCAAAUAUAUCAACUGCCUGCUUUUAUAAAAUCUAUCAACUUUUGCUGUAAAAGAUUUACUAACUUUUCUAAGAGUACUUGUAUUAUCUUAUGCCUAUAAUAUUUAAAGCUGAAUUUAACCACAACUGCUGUGUUCAAUUUUUUUGUCCCUCCCUUAACGACAAGAAUGUUUUAAUGGUUGUUUCAUAAAUAAUGAGAUAAGUGAUAAAGUUUAAGGUGAUAAGUUUCAAACAAACCAUGACGCUGUCGCCAUCAGCAUUCCCAGUCAACAUAUACUUCAUCUGUGUUAUAGAUAUGUGGAUCUAAUCUUGAUAGCUUAACGCUGAAUGCAGGGUGUAGGCAAGCAUUCUUUUUUAUUAUUAUUGGGUCUUUGCAUUCGCAGUAGCUCAGUCAAUCAGAGCCUCUUUCCACUCAUUACAAGCAUUUAGGAAGAAAGCAUAGCAUAACGUAAAAUACGUCAUUUAAAAAUCGUGUCCGUUUUUUCAGAUAUCCUAUGGAAUAUUAUUUAGCACUUCGUAAUGCAUAGAGAAUGUAAUCGUUACAACUCUUUUAAGAAGCUGAUGUAAACCAUGUAGAGAGUGACCUUGUAACCUUUAGAGAAUGCAGACCAAUUACUGCUGUGCACAAUGUGAUGAAAAACCUUGUGUUGGCUUAGAAGCUUCUGUAUCUGUUAGCUAUUUUGUUAGCUUUUGAUGAAUGAAGAUGUACAUUAUUAGUGCGGCAGCUUAUCACUAUGUUGAAGGACAGAUAUAUUAUUAACCCUCUAGCCAGACAAUGUGCAACAAGCAGACGCUGCCAGGGUUUGCUACAGAAGGAAGGGAUUCGCCUGAGUUCACCAAAAGUUCACGAUUGGGUAUUUAAAAAAACUUAGUAGAGAUGGUCACGCUACCAUUAUGUUCAGCUGAGGCACCAAACAGUAAAAGAGAAGACUGACAAACUUAUCUAGGGGUGUGGAUCAAGGAAGAAAAUGAUGAUGGUGAAUGGUUGAGGGAAUGAUGAUGCUUAAGUGACGAGAUACCCCAUGCACGCAGACAUGAUGGGUCAUCAGAGCUCCCACAGCAAAAGACUAAUCCAAAUGCAGAACCGAACGCCACAGGAAAUCCUUCUUACCUGUGGCAAUAAGACUGUAUAACUCUUCCUCAUUCUGUAGAUGACCUUUUCAGAAUCUGUCAUUAAUACUCAUUUGGAUCGUGCAAUAUUACUCCUCUGUUUGUUAUCGAAUGUUUCUUUUAUCCACCAUCACAUGCUGCUAUCGCAAUUAUUCAAGGCACAAACACUUAGUCACUUUUCAUUACACAUGCACUAAUAAUGUUACUUUAUUAUGUUUGUUAUAGCUUAGUUAUAGUUUUUUCUUUUUUAACUUUUUACAGAGUAUGAGCAUUUAUGAGUAUUUAUAUAGUUACAAUACAGUAUCACUCAUAGUUAUUUUGCACUAUUAUUUUCUUUACCUUACCUUUAUUCCUAUUGUUGCACUGAGCAUGUAAAGGACAAAAGAAUUUCCCUCGGGAUAAAUAAAGUUUUUUCUUAUCUUAUCUUAUAUUGUUACUCAAUAAGAAAAUAUAUAAAAAUUGGCAUAAAACAGUAUUGGACACACUUGUGAGUGUCCAGCCUUGGUUGUAACUUCAUUGUUGCAAUAAAGACUGAAUCUGAA